UCCACGUGAUACAUAAUGGCGGCCGUUCCUGGUAGCAGCAGGGGUUGAAACGCGAUAUUAUUGCCGGCUAUACUGCACCCAGAGACGACUUUCACCUGCCAAAGUCAAAGAUUACUUCUUGUACGUCUCCCUGACUUUCACUGGAUCAGUCAAUUUUGUCUCAAGUUGUCAGACUGCCACUCCUCCCUGUCAUCUUACAGCUCUGUGAUUAUCAUUGAGUGGGCCAACCUGACCACACCUUACCAGCUGGCACUCUUCUCCAUGAGAAAUGUUCUGGAAACUGACGUUCCGUCCUCCCUCGGCCGUAGACACACUCCUCAAUGAGGAGCAAUGUAGCCUACACGACAUUCUAGAUGAGGACAAUGUGCUGCAGGAGCUGAAGUCCCAGAACAAGAAACUCGUAGACUUUUUUUUGAGGCCAGAGAUUCUGGAGCAGCUGGUGAAAAUGGUGACUCUGGAACCUGAGCACGAUGCCGAGGACAAAGUCAAGUUCAAGUAUCCCCACCUGUCGUGUGAGCUGCUGACUUGUGACGUGGAGGCCAUAAUCAACUGUCUGAGUGAGAGUGAGACUCUGAUGGGCAUGCUCUGGGCCUUCCUCGACAGGGAAGAGGCUAUCAACCCUCUUCUGGGCAGCUUCACCAGUACAGUACUGAACAUGCUCCUGAACCACAAGUGCUCUGUGAUAUUUGACUAUGUGCGAGACAAGGAAGGGUUUGUGAACCUCCUCCUCAACCACCUGGGUACCUCGGCUAUCAUGGACCUCUUGCUACAGAUGGUGGCUGCCCCUAGCAAUGACCAGACUCGCAUUGAACUAGCUCAGUGGUUCAAAGACCAAGGGAUUGUAGAGAAACUGGUGGACUUCAUCCAUCCUGCUAUAGACUCAAAGAAAUGUGCGAAUGCGUCGCAGGCUCUGUGCGACAUGCUGCGAGUGUCGAGGGAGUCAUCAGUACAGAUGGUGGGACCCACUCCUCUUCUAGGAACACUGGAGAGUGAUGUUACGAUGAAGAGACUUCUGGAGAACAUGUUCUGUACCGACACGCCGUCAGACGUGGUGAUAGUCAGCGGAGUCAGUGUCCUACUCACCGCCAUAGAGAGAAGGCAACCUAAUGCACUUAGUCCGUCGAUGAACUCCACUUUUAUUGGAGACGAUAUCAGUGCUACCAAUGUCCACGCAACAAAAGCUGUUUUAGGAGUCAUUGUUCCUAGAAUGAAGGAAUUUCACGAUCUGCUAUUAAGAAUACCCAACAUCCCGGCGAUGCCAACCAGUGCAGGGUUGUUGGAUCCUCCUCUGGGAAACACCAGGCUACAGGUUGUCAAGCUCUUCUGCUCCCUCUUGCAGUGCUGUGACCACAGAGUCAACAGACGAGUAGCUGAACUCAACACCUUCUCCAUCUUGAUGGACUUGUUCUUCAAGUUCCCUUGGAACAACUUUCUCCACACCCAAGUGGAGGGUUGUGUGAGUGCUGCAGUCUCCACGGCCUCUCCAUCUCCACCUACAUCAUCUGGCCCCGACACCACUCCAGCUGACACUCCAGCAGACAGUUCAGAGGGCCACACUGAGGACUCCUUCUCUCUCAAGUACCAUGUGCUCCAUGACUGUCAUUUAGUACAGAGGUUACUGGAUGGAGAUGAGGGAAACCAGAAACGAAGGUGCCAUUAUUUUUAUCAAUGUGCAUAGGAAAUAGACAUUAUUGUGACAUAAAGAGAACUGCAGGCAGACUAACCAUUAUGCACGUACAGUACUACAUAGAUGCUGUUACAUACAUUACUUCACUGUUUUGAGUAAACAGAAACGCAAC